CGGCCUUAUCCCUCGCGUACAUCCCGGGUUGAAUUUCGACCAUUUCAUCAUGUCAGACAUCGACGGUGACUCAACAAUGCACUCAUCGCCCGAAUUUGCGGCCAAUGACGAUGAAAUGUUCCCCGACGAAGCGCCCUCCACACCCAAAACAGCCGCCACCUUCGCACUGGACCCCGCCUCUGAGCUGUCCCCACCCAACUCACAGGGUGGUCCUUCCGCCAGCACUGCCGCUGUAUCGUCUUCUUCCGACAUACUCAAUUCAAACGGCAAAAGGAAUCUCCCACCUAGCGCAUCGGGCGAAGCUGCUGCUACUGUAAUGUCGAGCUCGGUUCCUCGGACUUGGCAGACAGAUCCAACGACGGGGUAUCGGUGGUUCAAGGCAGAGGAUCAGCCCGGAUAUGAGUGGAUGAACAAUCGUGCGAGGGAGGACGCUUUGCGGGCUUUGAACGAGAUCGUGGAUCGGGAGAGUCAGAUCAAGCGCAAGUACGGUGAUCCUUUGAAGGCUGAUAUUCCCAUGACUUUGGGGCGUUGA